AUGUCGGACAUAAACAGCACUCUCCCGGCGGGAUAUAGAAGGCCAACGUUUCACAACUGCAAGGACGGCGUCUCGGAUCUUUGCCCCGCAGAGGCCUCGCUCUACGGCGGUUAUUUCACUCUCGGAGCUUGCAUAUUUUUUGUCGCUGCUCAUAGCCUUGCUCUUAUCCCUCAGCUAGCACUCGGAUUUAAAGGCCGCACCUGGUCUUUCUCGUCGUGGCUGACAAUGGGUAUCCUGUUCGAGAUGAUGGGCUACACUGGGCGCAUUAUCAUGAGCUCUGAUCCCUGGGUGUAUGGCGCCUUUGUUCUCCAGCUUGUGAUGCUCAUUCUCGGGCCAACACUGGUUGCCGCGAGUAUCUCGGUGACGUUUAAGCACAUUGUGUUGUGGUACGGACCCGAGUAUAGCAUUUUUAAGCCUUGGCUAUACCCCUGGGUCUUUGUCGGCACGGAUCUCUUUUCAAUCGUCAUCCAGUCUGCCGGUGGUAUUGUUUCCGCCAAGGCAAUUGGCGGAGAGGUUAAAAACCAGGAGCUACUCGACGUAGGAUCAGCGCUCCUCGUUGCCGGGACGACUUUCCAGAUGGCCAAUAUGGUGGUUUGCGGUGGUUUGAUGGUGCUGUACCUAUGGAGACGACGCCAUGGGAUCACUAAUAAUGCGGGAGGAGUGCGAUCAUCCGGUGCCGAGGCCCACAAUGCGAACAGUUGCGCAGAGUCUGAACAGACGAUCAAGCCAAGCGACAAAAAGACGAAGAUGUUCGUUCGCGCAAUCACUGUGGCAUACAUUCUUAUCAUUAUCCGUUGCGUAUACCGUGUUCCCGAGCAACAGAUGGGUUGGGGCAAUGACCUCAUGCAGAACGAAGCGACCUUCUUGACUCUCGAUGGUGCUAUGAUGCUGAUCUCGAUCUGGAUUCUCACGGUCUUCCAUCCUCAGUUCUUCUUCCCCUUUCUCUCGAAGAAGUCUGGAGAAGGCAUCCUGGCCGAUAAAUCGCUGGAGGGCGGGUCGAGCCAGGAGGGACCGGAGAUGGGAUCCAUGUUCAAGACAGGAUAG